UUAUGAAUUCUUUUAGAGCUGAGCUGAUUUAGGUGUCGUUUUAAAUUCAAUCUAACUCUUUGAAAAAUAUUUGGCUGGAUAUAGCAUUAUGGUUCGAAUAACGGAACAGUUGAUUCGAAAAAGAGCGGAGCAUAAUGAAUGUGAGAUAUAUACUCUGGAAGAAAUAUCUCUUCAUCAGCAAGACAUUGAAAAAAUUGAAUAUUUAGACAAAUGGUGUAAAGAUUUGAAGAUAUUGUAUCUCCAGAGCAAUCUCAUUGAUAAAAUUGAAAAUGUUGGAAAAUUAAAGAAAUUGGAAUACCUGAAUUUAGCUUUGAAUAAUGUUGCGAAGAUUGAGAACAUGCAAGGAUGCGAGUCAUUACAAAAACUAGAUUUAACUUUGAAUUUUGUUAGCGAAGUUACAACAAUUGAAUCGCUACGCUCAAACUAUUUUUUAGAAGAAAUUUAUCUCACAGGGAAUCCGUGUGUCAAUUUUGAAGGUUACAGACAAUACGUUAUUGCGGCAUUACCUCAGUUGCAAAGACUCGAUGGCCAAACAAUUGAAAAAUCUGAAAGAAUUCAAGCGUGUCAGGAUUUUGAUUCUAUUCGACUGAAAAUAUUACAGCAACAAAAAGAAUACGAAUCAAAAAAAACUGAUGAUGAAAAACAAUCGCAAAGCUCUGGAAAUGAUGCAGAAUCUAAGUCAGAAGAUAAUGAUAAAACAGAAGAAGAAAAUGCUGAUUUUUGGAACAGUAAAUGUGACUAUACCCCAGAAAGUAGAAAAGAAAUGCAUUCAAAAAUGAAAGAAAACCGUGAAAAGAAAUCAAAACCAAUGUUUGAAAAACCAGAAUUUAAACGGACGAGACGAUAUUUUAACGAUGCAGGUGAUCCAAUGAACAUUAAUGAAGGCAAAGUUGAUUUUUCUCUGACUGAAACAGAAGAUGAUUCAGCGUUUGUAUUGGACGUCGCUUGUUUUAAAUAUCUUGAUACGUCACUAAUUGAUGUCGACGUUCAACCAAAAUACGUCAAGGUCACCUUGAAAAGUGAUGUUUUGCAGCUGGUGUUGCAAGAUGAAGUUUUGACAGAUAAAUCCACAGCUCAGCGAUCACAGACCACUGGCCACCUAGUGGUCACUAUGCCUAAAUUGAACCCCCCACCAAAACCGAUUCAAACAACAAAUAAACCCGAUACAAAAUUGAAGAAAAAUUCAUCUAAAAAUGUAAAAGAUAAUAAAAAGACCAAAAAUAUUGAGACGUUAGAAUAUGACUCUUCCAAAUCUAUGCAAAAUACUCUUGCCAAUAUAACAAAAGAGGAAAAACAUCAAUCGAAAGGGCCGUUAACUUUGAAAAGCAAGAAGAAACUGGUUAAUAAGGAACAGAUGAUUCAAAGUGAUGAUUUUAUCGACAACCCAGAUGUUCCGCCACUUAUAUGAAUAUUGCUGUGUGAGACACUGAAGAGGAAAACCAAUAAGGCAGCUAAAUAUUCAUUUAUCCGACCACCUUAUAUCCAACAUUGUUCCAAAGUGAUGUAAAAUGGUGUUUUAGUAAUUAGAAAUCAGCUUUCAUAAAUUAAAUGAGAGUCUUUGUAGUAAUAUUGUUAGAUUUCAAUUGUUUGAAAUAAUAAUUUUUCAAAUGAAACAAUUCCAGAUUUUUCGUAUACUCAAUAUAAUAUGA